CAUCUUACAACCACGAAGAGCGAGCUCUCCCCUACCUCUCCACCAGCUCGCCAUGGCUCAAGCACAUUCUGAGACCAAACCUACCCUUACGCCCACACUUCCAGCAAGAGAAGGAUGGUGGACGUUGUUUUCCCAGUCGCAGUUCCAAGGCUGCUGGCUCGGGCCAGACCUCGUGAAGAGCAUCACGCUCGUGCAGGCUCAGUUCCAGCCACGUCCGGACGACAUCAUCCUCGCCACUUUCCCAAAGUGUGGCACCACUUGGCUGAAGGCCCUCGCCUUCGCGAUCGCCAACCGCUCUCGUCACCCGGCCACCGGCGACGGCCACCCGCUGCUGACCCACCUUCCUCACCACCUCGUGGCGAGCCUCGAGUUCCCUCGCCGCUACCUCCACCCUGUCACGGAGCUCGAAGCGCUCCCUUCCCCAAGGCUCCUCUGCACACAUCUUCCGCUCGCGUUGCUGCCCUCAGGUGUGUCGGCCCUUGGUUGCCGGGUCGUGUACCUGUGCCGGGAGCCCAAGGACGUGCUUGUGUCCACAUGGCACUACAUGAACAAGGUGUAUCAUGAACUCUUCACAGAGUUCGAUAGGGCCUUUGAGUUGUUCUGUGAGGGGGUCUCGGUUUACGGGUCUAUCUGGGAUCACUACCUAGGGUACUGGAAGCAAAGCUUGAUAGAGUCCGAUAGAGUUCUUUUCUUAAAGUAUGAUGAAAUGAUGGCUGACCCUUCCAAGCAUGUCAAGGUGCUUGCCGAGUUCAUCCGCGCUCCAUUCACGUGUGAGGAGGAGAGCAGUGGAAUCGUGGAGCAGCUAGUGAGGUUAUGUAGCUUCAGCAACUUGAAGGAUCUGCCGGUGAACUCCUCAGGAGUGACUGAUCCAAUUGGUGGGCUGCAGAUAGAGAAUUCUGUGUAUUUUAGGACCGCGAAGGUUGGAGACUGGAAGAAUCACAUGACUGAAGAGAUGGCAGUGAAGCUGGAUCGCGUCAUCGAGGAGAAACUGAAAGGCUCUGGUCUUAUCUUUUAAUUUCAUUGGAAAACGUUUAAGGAAUAAGCUUAAAGAGACUGAAAGGCUCUGGUCUUAAGGAAUAAGCUUAAAGAGCAAGUGGUUGUUUUGGAAUGCAUCAAAUUUUCAUUG